AUGUCACUGUCAAACGAUAACAUAACACAAGAACAGCAAAACUCGAUACAAGAGCAAACAACAGAUGAAGUUCCUCCACCUGUUGACUCUUCCCAGUCAACAGAACAGCCAGUACCGGCUCAGCAAGAACAUCCAAAUCCUGAACCACAAGAAAAUCGACACCGACAAGGAGAUUUCUUGAGAAUCCCUCAAAUUGCUACAAGCACUUCCUUAGCCUAUCUUGUAGUGAACUGUGUCAUACCUGGUCUUGCAACAGUAAUUGCGAGCUGGACAGAUGUCGAAUAUCAUGGUUGGGACUGGGCCGUGUGUAUUACCGGAAUCUUACAAUUUGGUCUUGCCUGGAUCAUCAUCGGAUGGGCUUGGAGUAUCUGGUGGGGAAUCCGCAUGUACACCGAUGCGCAGGCCAGAAAAGCAAGAGAAGAAGAGCGGCUACGCUAUGCUGCUACUCAGCCACAGCAAACAAUCGAAAUGGCCAAUCCAAUGGUGGAAAACACCGCUUCCGUUGAGCAGAGCAGCAACGAACCGAAAAGAGAAUCAACUGUUAGUACCGAAAUACCUUCGUACCUUGUUUAUUCCAACCAAUCCAAUCCGCUUUUCUUCUAUCCACACCACUCACGCAGCAAAUAG